CUACCGCAUCUUUACCGCGCCAUUCCCAAAUCAUUUAUAUAUAGCUCGUUGUGUUGACGCAAAUAAAGCCUAGGAGGCAGACAGUAAAAAUGGUAAAUGUCGCAACAGUCGGUUGCCUCCUGUUGCUAUUCAACAAUGUAUGCUGCGAGACCCAAAACGAGGAAGAAUGGACGGAUCCGCACGAAGCCUGGUCUGAUGUGGCCAUGGAUUUUGGCCAGCCGGAGAACUGCCAGUGUCCAGCUGCACUGGAAAGAUCACCUGUUGCCGUCGAGGAUGCAUUGGCUCUGACAUACUUCAAGAAGUUCACCACUCUCCUGUUCCAGCGUAAACGGCUUCAGUUCGAUGCUGAGUCUGCGCUUUACAGGCGAUCACUGCUGUUUAUGCUGCUUCCAUCAGAACUUGAUGAACUGGAAAGCGUUCAAGAUCCCAGAGAUCUGGAUGUAUUGCUGAGCAAAAUACUGGACAGGGCGGAGACAGCUCCUCUGUAUCGCGGCAAGUUCGGGUGCUCCUAUACCCAGAAGAGCGGUGUUCUAGCACUAGUUACGGAUAUUUUCAAGGACGUCGUAGCACUAUCGAAAAUUUCCGAGGUGAAAUUUUUACUGGUUGUAACUAUGGCAAUCCUACUUGGGUAUAUUGUGCACAGACGUUUUGGUUUCCGGAUAAUUUCUAUUAUCAUAGGAGGUUGUUUCCUAACUGGAUACUUUUACACAUAUAUAGAGUGCAAUAGAAAAUUGGAAGUUGAAUCAAUGUUGGAGGUCAUUGAUAGUCAGCAGGAAUCUAGCUAUAGCGCAAAUUCGUGGUUUGCCAAACUGAAAAGCUUCGUGUACAUCGAAUCUGCAGCAGAGAAGCGGAAAGAGAUGUUAAGGAAGUCGUCCAAGAUCAGUAUUUCGUAUUGUUUGCCCGAUCAAGUAUUUCUUAUGUACAUGAAUGAUUUGUUCUUCAAGCAGUUGGAGAUUCUCCUCGAAAGAGUUACGCACACCAUGACGAGACUAUCCACUAACUUGGGAUGGCCGUAUUGUUAUAUCGCACCAUUAUUCUUGAUUGCUUUGGUUGGAUAUAUUAUAAAACUUACAUUUAAGUACAUAAUCAGCCCCAAAGCCUGGGGCUCAUUACUCCAUAGAGGCGGUAAUCCUCCCGCCCCGAAUGCUACCGUACCGUCGAUUGCGGCAAGAGAGCCGGGAGUCGAUUGCAUAUCCGGAGAAAAUUUGAAAAUGCUGCUUAACGUGAUGACAGUAACAAGCGUUCAACAACCGCAAAUACAGCAGCUACCCGGAGUUUCAGGGGUCCAAGAGGUGAUGGAACCCCUGGAGGCUCCUCCUCCUCCAUCAACGCCAGAAAAAAAGGAAAGCCUUGAUGUAAGUGAUAGCAGCACAAAGAGCCAGAGCAGUACCAAAAGCCAGAGCAGCAUUCAGGAGGAAGGCUUCACAUUGGUGGAUGACACCGAAGACAUUUAGCUGCCGAUUUUUUUGUUUUACAAAUACAUGUCCGUGAUUUUUUAUGAGUCAAACCCAAUCCUUAAAAGCUCAAUGAGUAAUUCUAUUUUAGGUUGAUUUGUCAUAGUUAAAUUUUCUUUAUUUAAAUUAUUUUGCGUGUUCUUAUUUUCAUUUGCACGAUAAGUGUUAUUAAGUUAAAUCUUCAACAAUAAGAUCUUUUUAAGUAGGCCACCAACUGUUAUAUUAUGUCUGUUAUUAUUGCGCUGCCGGCCUUUCAAAAAUCGGAUAUAUUUUUUAUGUAACUUGUUGAUCCUUUAUAUUUACAACGUAAAGCCCAGAGAUCUUUUAUAUAUAUAGAUUCGAUAUUAUUAGCAGUGGGCUGCAGUGGAGUUGCAUAUUAAUUGAAUGUAAGCGAUAAUUAAAUAUUCGGUCUAUCGAAUCGUGUAAAAUCUAAUUCAAUAUGUAUACAACUAAUAUAUUUAAUAUACAUAUUAUUCAUAUAUCUAUGUAUAUAGAUCCAUAUGGUGUGUGUAUAUAUUUGUAAGAAAAAAAUUAGUAAAGAUAAUCGGUGUAAAUAUAUUUAUUCGUUGUAUGUUAAAUCAUGCACUUAAAUUGUAUUAUACUUUAAUUACAAUUCAUUUUUAUUAUAAUUUGUAUGCAACUUAAUAUUUUUACGCAUUGUAUCGCAUAAGUGGAGAAUGUAUUGUAUGCAAUAUGUAAUCCAAUAUACGACACAUACAUAUUAGCUAGCCCAAAACCCAGUUUGCUGUCCUAAAGGUAAACGACCUAAAACUAAGAAAACACGAAGCAAACCCAAAUUACAGGGCAGGGCAGAGCAUGGCGGGCUACUUACUACCCUGUAGCAAGUAUACAUAUAAGUUUCAACUAAGGCUGGCAUAUCUGUGUUAUCAGAAUCCAUGGCUAUGGCAAAACGAGAGAAUUUAUCUAAAUCGAUUUCACAAAUCUUAUACGCAAAUUGGUCCGCUAUCAUAAUCUUGAUUAAUAAUUUCUCUACUCGAAUUCAA